CUGGCUCCCCUGCCUGCCCCAUCCGUGGAAAAAUUGUCUUCCAUGAAACUGGUUUCUGGUGCCAAAAGACUGGGGGCCGCUACACUAUAGGGAGAGAAUUAGGAGGGGAAAAAGUUUGACCCAGUUGCCAAAAAUCCUUGUUAAAUAAGGUGCAAUGAUGAAGAGCAGUCAGUAGGUGGCAGAACUGAGGAGCGGGCAAGUGCAGCAUGGGUAGAUGGCCCGGGGAGGGAUUUUGAUAUGAGAAUGGAAAGGAAUGGCCUGGAAGCAGCGUGAUGGGCCAGGAAAAUGCUGACACCUUGGGCUCUGGGAGCACAAGUAACCUCCUUGAGAGACUCAAGGGUUUGUACGCCCUGGAGAAAGGAUUGGACAGGAGAUGGAACAGAAGGUGGAAGGAGGAGUCUGUGAGAAGGCUAAAAUUGUAGGGGUUCCAAUAAUAGCAAUGUUUGUCAUUUAUUGAGCACCUAGAAUGUGCUAUGUACUGUACUUGGCUGUUUUAUACAUUUAAUUCUCACAAGACCCUACAAAGUAAUUACUGUCAUCUGGAUUUUACAGAUAAAGUCAUAAGCCACAAAGAGGCCAUGCACAUUAUUUAAGGUCACAUAGCCAGUCCACAUUAGAAUCACAGAACCCAGUUCUGUCUGACCGCAAAGCUGUGCUUUUGCGUAGUUUCACGUGUCUUCAGAGAAAUUCAGAGAGCACCCUGGGAAAGACUUGAAGGGAAGUCAGAGAGGAAGAGAAGAAUCAAAGAGGAAUGCAAAGUUAUAACAGGACUGAAAAUACAGCAGGUGAGAGGACUGUUGACCCCGGAUGCUUGCAUUCUUGCUGGUAGGAGAGAAUUUCAAAGCUAUGAGAACUAGCAUCACUGAGAUCUCUGGUGGAGUACAAGGCCUUAUGAGGUUAGUGAUUGCCUUGCAGUGUGUUCAGGUGGAAUGCUAUGGAGAGGGUACCCUGGUGCCUUUUGAAGAAAAGUCUCCCAGACAGUUUGUGAGGAGGAUCAGCCGUUCCUGAGUCUUCUAUUCCUGGCAGAGUGAUUGGCCAAGGCUUAGCUUCCUUAGGUAUUAAUAUCAGUGGUCAGUUAUUUAGCCCAGGUAUAUGGAGAACAGAGAAGAAAGUGUGGAAUGACGCUGGCAUCUCACUUGCACGUAGGGUAGGAGCCCAUCAGAUUUGGGGGUGCCUUGGCCACUUUGUACCCAGGGGCCUCUGGAGCAGGUGGUAUACCUUGAAAUGCUCAUUAGACUGUGGUGAAAAGCAAGCAUAUGUAUCACCCUCUCCUGAGUGGUAGCGACUGGUUAUUAUCUGACAUUGGGAAGGAAACACAACCAGUGUCCUACUUUCCUUUACUGAGGGACAGUUAAUACUACAGCUGAAACAGGAGCUCCCCACUGCCCAGAGGGGAGGGAGCACAUUGACUUACGGCCACAGGCCAGGACCAGAGUCUUUUCUGGGAAGAAGUUUUGAUACUUGGGGGAAGGAGCAGCACAGCUCUGCAGCCAGAAGCAUCAGAAGGUGGAGGAGAAGACACAGAAGUUAUGCAGCAGGAAACAGUUCCAGUUCCUGUACCAGCAAAGAAAACCAAACAGCCUAAAGAGUGUUUCUUGAUACAACCAAGGAAAACAAAAGAGGAUUCCACCAAGACCAGGAAAAGGAGAAAGAAGAAAAUUACUGAUGUUCUUGCAAAAUCGGAGCCCAAACCAGGGACACCUGCAGACCUACAGCAGCUGAUGAAGGACUAUUAUAGCAGCAGUCGUUCAGUGAUCGAAUUAGAAGAACUGAACUUGCCAGAUUCCUGUUUCCUCAAAGCCAAUGAUUUGACUCAUAGUCUUUCAUCAUACCUAAAAGAAAUCUGUCCUAAGUGGGUAAAACUUCGGAAAAACCACAGCGAGAAGAAAUCAGUCUUGAUGCUGAUCAUCUGCAGCUCUGCCAUCCGAGCCCUGGAGCUCAUUAGAUCAAUGACAGCAUUCCGAGGAGACAGCAAAGUUAUGAAAUUAUUUGCAAAACACAUAAAGGUCCAGGAGCAGGUAAAAUUGCUGGAGAAGCGUGUGGUGCACCUGGGUGUAGGAACUCCAGGGAGAAUUAAAGAACUUAUUAAACAAGGUGGCCUUAAUUUGAACCCCUUAAAGUUUCUGGUUUUCGACUGGAACUGGAGAGAUCAGAAGUUGAGGAGAAUGAUGGACAUUCCCGAGAUAAGAAAGGAGGUAUUUGAACUUCUGGAAAUGGGAGUACUCAGUCUGUGCAAAUCAGAAUCUUUGAAGAUGGGCCUGUUCUGAGUCCUAAUGAAGAUUCAAUUUCACAAUAGAAUUUGCAUCUUAUUUAGUGACUCUGUCACAUUGCAAGCAGUCAGUAAAUAUCAGUUUUUAGCUUAUUAUGUUAACUCCGUUACCAGAUGCAUCACCGGAAAUGUUUGAUGGGAAUUCAUUAACAGAAGUUAAUUUAUCCUUUUGCCAACUCUCUAACAUAAUAAAGUAUCACUGGCUUCCAUGUGAU